AGUUAUUGCACGGCCCAAUUCAUCGUUGCUAUACUUAUUGACUACAGAAUAUUUUUACUUCUAUCAACAAUGCAAGUUUGAAAAUUUCCAUAAAUAAGAUUUUUCUUAUCACUACCUUUUUGCUUAUUUUCAUUUUAAUUUCGUGGUCUCUGCUCUCCCUUUUCUGACCUGCUGACAGUUUGAAUCGUCUUCAAACUAAAUACUCGAAUGAUUUUACUUAUUCUCACUUCGAUAUUAAUUAUCUACCUCUUUAAUCAUUUUUACUGGAAGAGAAGAAAAUUACCACCAGGUCCAAUUCCACUCCCUAUUAUUGGAAAUUUAUAUCUUAUGACGGAAGAUGUUAAGCCAGGAUACAAGAUGUACGAGAAAUUGAAAGACAAAUAUGGUCCAGUGUUCACAUUUUGGUUGGCAAAUCUUCCAAUGGUUACUGUGACUGAUUGGAAACUCAUCAAGCAGCAUUUCAUAAAAGAUGGAGCCAACUUUGUAGGAAGACCAGAGUUUCCAAUUUCAAUGGAAAUGAGACAAGGUCCAUAUGGAAUUAUUGAAUCUCAUGGUGAUAGAUGGAUUCAGCAAAGAAGAUUUGCAUUGCAUAUUCUUCGAGAUUUUGGAUUGGGAAAGAAUUUGAUGGAAGAAAAGGUUCUUGGUGAAGUUACUGCAAUGAUUGACAGUAUUCGAAAAAGCAUGGAAGAUGUUGAUAUGCAAAAUAUAUUUGAUGCAUCCGUGGGAUCCGUAAUCAAUAAUAUGCUUUUUGGAUAUCGUUAUGAUGAGACAAACAUUGAAGAAUUUCUGGAACUCAAAAAUCGAAUGAAUAAGCAUUUCAAGUUAGCUGCAGAACCAAUGGGAGGACUUAUUGGAAUGAAUCCAUGGCUUGGACAUCUCCCGUUUUUCAAGGGAUAUAAAAAUGUAAUAAUGCACAACUGGAUGGGUCUCAUGGAAAUGUUCCGUAAGCAGGCUACAGAUAGACUUGCAUCAAUUGACUAUGAUUCUGAUGAAUAUUCGGAUUACGUAGAAGCAUUUUUGAAAGAAAGAAAGAAACAUGAAAAUGAGCAAGAUUUCGGAGGAUUUGAAAUGGAACAACUUGAUAGUGUAUGUUUUGAUCUAUGGGUUGCUGGAAUGGAAACAACUUCAAAUACUCUCAAUUGGGCACUUCUCUAUGUCCUUUUGAAUCCAGAAGUACGUCAAAAAGUCUAUGAAGAAUUGGAAAGAGAAAUUGGAAGUGAUAGGAUUAUUACAACUACCGACCGACCUAAACUCAACUAUAUCAAUGCAACUGUUAAUGAAUCUCAACGUCUUGCUAAUCUUCUUCCAAUGAAUCUAUCUAGAUCUACAAAUGCUGAUGUUGAAAUUGCUGGCUACCGUAUUCCAAAAGAUACUGUAAUCACUCCACAAAUCAGUUCAGUAAUGUAUGAUCCAGAGAUAUUCCCUGAACCAUACGAAUUCAAACCUGAAAGAUUCCUAGAAUCGGAUGGAAGUUUGAAAAAAGUAGAAGAACUUGUGCCAUUUUCAAUUGGAAAACGGCAAUGUCUUGGAGAAGGACUGGCCAAAAUGGAACUAUUCUUGUAUUUUGCAAAUUUGUUCAACAAAUUUGAUAUUAAAUUUCACGAAUCGAAUCCAAAUCCAAGUAUUAAAAAGGAAGUCGGAGUUACUAUGAAGGCAAAGAAUUACAGAGUUUCAAUGAAGGAAAGAUAUUGAAUAAGAUAACUGGUAUUUGAUAAGAUUGAUUUAAUGAAAGAUAAACUUAUUAUAAUUUGUU